ACACGGGAUGGAGGUUGUCGGUGUCCGGCGGCCGCUCUGCUGAUCCCCGGUGAAGAUGUCUGUCUCCGGGAUGAAGAAGCAGCUCCACAAAGCCAGCCAGCUGCUGAACGAGAGGCUGAUGGGAGCUGAGGGAACCAAGAUGGACGAGGACUUCCUGAGGAUGGAGAAGAGUGUUGCAGUGAUCCACACUCUGCUGCUGGAGCUUCUGUCCAGAACCACAGAGUUCCUCCAGCCAAACCCAGCAUACAGAGCCAAACUGAGCAUGCUCAACACCAUGUCCAGGAUCCGAGGACAGGGGAGGUGCACGGGUUACCCGCAGACAGAGGGCAUGCUGGGAGAUUGUAUGUUGCUGUACGGCGAGGAGCUUGGAGCUGCUUCUGAAUUUGGUGGAGCUCUGUCUGGUGUGGGUGACGCUCUGCAGCAGGUCGGCCAGGCCAGGGACGCUCUGGACGUCAACGUCAAACGCACCUUCAUCGACCCCCUGCAGGACCUCCACAACACGGAGCUGAAGGAGAUCAGGUUUCAGCUGAAGAAGCUGAACGGGCGUCGGCUGGACUUCGACUACAAGAAGAGACGAAAAGGGAAAGUCCCGGUGGAGGAGAUGCGACAGGCCUGGGACAAGUUCAUGACGUCCAAAGAGCUGGCGGAGAGGAGCAUGUUCGUCCUGCUGCAGAACGAUAUGGACCGGCUCAGUCGUCUGGCAGCUAUGGUCGCAGCGCUGCUCGACUUCCACCGCAACGCCCACCGCAUCCUGCAGGGUCUCCAUGGCAACCUGCAGGCUAGGCUGACCGCUGCCAGCAACCGGCCGGGGCGACGGUUCAGACCCAAAAGGAUCCGGGUCAGAAGCGAACACAACGGCAGCAUCGGAUUUUUCCACCAGCCGUCGAUCACAUCUGCAGCUGCCUCAGGAGAGCCGGUCACAGUGUUGCCAUCCCGACCCGGCAGCCCCGUCUCCUGCUACGCGGACAGUAAGCUGGUCCUGGAUCAGCCCUGUUGCCGGGCGAUGUACUCCUUCCACUCGAACCACGAGGGCGAGCUGGGCUUCAGCGAGGGCGACCUCAUCGUCCUCACCUGUCAGGUCGACGCUAACUGGUACGAGGGCUCGCUGGGCGGCCGGUCGGGACUCUUCCCUGUCAGCUACGUGGAUGUGCUGGUGCCUCUGCCGUUACCGUGACGACUCAUCAACCGCCCACUGACUCUAUUAGACGCUGACAGAUAAUAUGCAACUCCUCAGCUUCUUAUUUGCACUUUUUCCACGAGCGAAUCAGUUUGUUCUGAAGGAAAGGACGGCCAUAGUUUCUACUGUAGAGCACUUUAGUUCCAAGGGCCGGUUGCACAAAACACCUUAAGA